CGUGAGCAAACGUGGACCUGUCUCCCUGGAGAGCAAACCAGGGCCACCUGAGAAGAGGCUAUGGAAGCUAACACCCAGCUCUUGAGGGUCAUCCAGGAAAUGCGGGCAGAGAUGGACAAGUUGGAGAAAGAGAAUCAGGCCCUCCGGAUGAAGCUGUCCUCAAGUAGUCAGAGAACCCUGGGCUCAGGGGCAGAAUCAGGAGACGAAAGGGAAGAGAAAGUCACGGACCUUGGCAACCUCAGAAAAGCACCUGGACAACCUCCAGCAACCCUUCACGGCGGUGCUUCCACUGAUCCAGCCCCUGUGCAGGGACACCAAGGCAAUGUCAUGAUUGUUAGACGCUAUUCCAUUUCCUCACCAGUUCAUUCCUUUGCUGCAAAUGAUCCCUGGAAAGCUGGGAAAAGACAUCCAAAUCAUGGAAUUCUAGAAUCUCAGGGAACAGUAAAAUCACUGGUAUGUGCUUCAAUUAAGAAGGCAGACAAUGAAGAAAAGAUGUUCGCAGCAGAUUCUUUUGCCAGCAACACUUCCAACCAAAGAGCUUUUCCUGAGCCUGAUUUGGGUGGCAGGGACAAGAUAAAGGCAGUCAGUUUCCUGUUACCCAUGGAUAUGUCUUCAUAUUCCAAAAAUUCAAGUUCUUUGAAAUACUCACCAAAUAAGACUACAAACCAGCUAAAUACCAUUGCAGAAUAGGAUGUGUGAGGUGGAAAAAUUUAAGAAAGAGCUGAUUUUGAAGAGAUGGGAACACUGAGACCUCCCUGGGUCAGUGUCCUCCCCUGCAAAGAGCCCUGGCAAGAUGCCAGGAAGAUGCACAAAAUACCCAGCAUUGGGUCAGUGGACUUGGUCAAUAAAUGGAAGCAAUUACUUUGUGUUCUUGUUGAAUAUGAGUGUUGAUGUGAGUACAGUGGCUAUUAUAGUCUCUCUGUGCUGCAUGUGAGCUAUUAGCUGUAAUUAAAUUAAACUCUAGGCUAAGGGUUCAGUAUCAGCGUUUUGCCAUCAGGAAAUGCUACUGUUUACAUUAUAAGUGUCACUUUCCAGAUGAAAUGAUAACAAAGCUAGAGAAAAUGGCUAUUUUUUUUUUAUUAAUGGCAUAGAAGCAACAGUGAUUAUCCUUAUAGUUAAUUGUGGAGCUAUUUCACUGAUACUAGCUCAUUUGUUCUUUUAAUAUCCUGUGUCUGGUAUGUAGAACAAACACAGCAGACUCCCAUAGCAUACACAGUGGGCUCAGAGUAAUUAUGGGAUGGCAAAGACACUAAACCUGGUUGGUAGGAGAGAAAAAAAUAAGGUGCAGAUGAUCAUUCCUUAGGAGUUGGAAAUCUCAGAACUCCCUCAAUUCCUGAACUUCUAGACAAGAGAACAUCUCCCCUCCCUGGUUUACAGCAAUCAUGUUCUAUAUACCAACACCCUUUUUAAACAAAUGUCAUGUUAAAAUCUCCAGAGUGCUAAGAUGGAGAUCCUUUCGUUCCACCACAGACCAACUGACCUGGCUGGAGAGGUUGGAGGUGGGCAGGGAGAAGACCAGAAAUUCACACUUUAAACAGGCCUUCCCAGGUGACUUCUACCAUGCAGCCGUGCUUGCAACCCACUAUUGCAAAUACUAAGAAACAUAGUCCAGGGCUCCCCAAAUCUGGCACCAAGUUAGAGUGAAAAUAGUGAGGCAAGGAAAAGGGAGGAGUAGUCCCCCCAUUUUUAAGAAAGUGGAUCUGACAGACUUGUAGAAGGGAGAUGAAGAAAUCAAUGAAUAUCUUGAGGUAGAAGCCACAUCAUGGGUCAAAUGCUUCUUUUAUUUAUGAUACUCACUUAAGAUUAACAAUAUUCUCAACAUUGUAACAAAUAUACAAUAAGGCAAGGUUACAGCUGGAGGGGAAAGAUGGAAAUGAGAUGUCAAAAUGCACUGGUCUGGGAAUAAAGACACACACCAAGUAGACAACUAAGAUAUUAACCUAUGAGAUGACUGACCUGUUUCAUUUAUGCACAAUUAUAUUCUCAAAAUCGAGAAUUUUGUGUCAACAUUGAUUUAAAGAAACAUUUCCCAAACAUUUUUUUAAAAAGGCAGUAAAUGACAACCACCCAAAUUACAAUGUCAUAACUGACAAAGUUAUAACAGCAAAUCACCCCCAAGGCCAAGCUCAGCGCCCAGUGUGCAAUAGGCUUUUCAUACAUGUCCAUGAAUUGCACUGAAUUAACAAUAACAGGAGUCUAAUCCUGCCCAGGAA